AAGAAGAGAGGGGUGUUCUCUCAGGGUAAGGAAGGGAGGGGACACUAUAUAACCCAGUCUCCUGUGCAGGAUGAAUCAGUGUGAUCCAGGCUGCCAUUCCUGCCAUCCCGCCAUGGCUGCCUCUCAGCUCCUGGUUUUGACUGCGACUCUGGCGGCGAUGUCCAGUGUCCUAGCGGUACCCCAGCAGCUGCGUGAGCCCCUGGGUAUCUACAGCGGAGACGUGGCUCGCUAUGAGUUUGGGUACGAGGUGAAUGCUCCUGACUACGGCAAUGACUUCGCCCAUGCUGAGAGGCGAGAGGGGGACGACACUUCAGGCCAGUACCGAGUGUUGCUUCCUGAUGGUCGUAUUCAAGUAGUCUCCUACACUGUCAAUGGGGACUCGGGUUAUGUAGCUGAAGUCUCCUAUCAGUGAAAGGAAGGCAGGGACGUAGCGCACUGCAGGACCAGGACCACUGUUUCCAAUUCAUGAAGAUCUCACUCAAAGUCACGACUUCUUCGACAGGAUAGCUUACUUGUGUUGACUGCUCUCUCUCUCUCUCUCUCUCUCUCUCUCUCUCUCUCUCUCUCUCUCUCUC